UGGGCUUUUUAGGAGAAGUGACAUCGUGGAUCAUCGCACCGCUCUUUGCGAACGUCAUUUUAUUGAGAUACGGGCACGUUUGCAGUUGACAUUAAGACGGGAAAAUAUUAAUUCCACCUUAAUGCGCUUGCUUGGGAUCAGAUUUAUGACUUAAUUUCUAAGAGUGGGGAGCUUGAAAGCCGUCCCGCUGUCUGUCCGGACCAUGUGAGCUACGAGGAUUUACAGUAAACUUAAUGGAUGUGCGUUCUCAUCUUACUAUGAUUCCGUUUUGGAGAGUCUGACGGAGCUGAAAUGCUGCGCUUCCACACAAGUAUGAUGCUUUUCCGAUUACUGGUUCUGAUUAUUUUGCAAGGCGUUUUGAUGUCCCACGUGAAAUCCGAGAGCGACCCCAGCAGUGUUCCGGACUCCAAGGUGAUGGGCUCCACGGGAUCCGAGGCUUCAAAGCCGUCUGAGACCUCGAUGUCCAGACAAAAGCGCUGCACCUGUUAUUCCUACACGGACAAAGAGUGCGUCUAUUACUGCCACCUGGACAUCAUCUGGAUUAAUACUCCUGAGCGCACUGUGCCUUAUGGUAUGUCUAACUACAGAGGACCAAAGAGAAGGAGACGUGAUGCUACUGCAACACCAGCGCCCAAAGGUGGCCGAACUCAGACACGUCGAUGUAUCUGUGCUGUGACAGAUGCAGACCCUGGGUGUCAACGCUUCUGUCUGUCGAGCCCACAUCAGACUCGACUAUCCAGGAGUCCCCACAGAGUCCCCUGCCUUGGAUGAUGCCACAACAACCGUCCAUCUUCUGCUGUUCCUUUCUAGGUCAAUGGAUCUUUCCGCUCCCCU